CUUCCACCAAAUAAAAAACGGCGCAGUUUUGUCUUCCGUCUUGAACUGCCACCUCGCUUCCGGUUUUCUUUACGCGACGGAUGAACCGUCACUUCCUGUCGGAGCUCGGGAGUGUGGCACAUGGCCUACCCGGCUCAGGAGAGCACUCUGGUCGGUCUGUGUGACGGAGAGAUCGACCCCCGGCGUCACCGGUGCUCUUUCUUGACCAACAAGGUGGGGGGUCUCCCGGACUGGCCGCCCGACGUCUCCCCUCCGGCCCCCAGCUGUGCUCGCUGCGGAGCCCCGCUGACUCACGUGGUGCAGGUGUACUGCCCCCUAGGGGCCUCGUCUUACCACCGGAACCUCCACUUGUUCGCGUGCCCGCGGGCGGCGUGCAGCGGACGGACGGACGGAUGGAAGGUGCUCCGCUCCCAGAGUCUGGAGCAGGCUCCGAGCAGACCGGACCCUGCUCAGGGGGCCCCUCGGCCGGCCACUGAUUGGUGUGACUCCGCCGAUGACUGGGGGGUGGAGGAGGAGGAGGAUGAUGGAUUGGGACCAGAUGGAGGCGUGGAGGAGGCAGCAGCUCCUCAGACACACGAAGAUCCGGAGCUCGAAGUCAGCAGCCGGCUUCAGGAUCUCUGUCUGGCCACGCCCCCCCAGCUCGAGACCCUGCCCCCCCAGCAGGAGGCCCCCGUCCUGCGCGCGUACUUUGUCAGCGUGGUGGAGGAGUCGGACCUGUGCACCGAGGAGGACGCAGACCUGCGGCACGCCCAGCGGCUUCUGAGGGACUACGAGAAGAGGGAGGGGUUGGUGGUGGUGGGCGAGACGCAGAACGGCGGCGGCGAGGAAAAAUACGAGAAGACGAGAGCCCGACACGGAGACGCCGUCUUCUCCGGGUUCAUGAAGAAGAUCGCUCUCUGUCCCCAGCAGGUGCUGCGCUACUGUCGCGGCGGGCAGCCGCUCUGCGUCUCCUCGUCGCUCAGCGCCGCGCCGCCGGCUUGCCCCUCCUGCGGAGGGGGCCGGACCUUUGAGCUGCAGCUGAUGCCGGCCCUGGUCGCUCUGCUGCGCUGGACGGACAGCGGCGGCGAGGCCGAGCCGGAGUUCGGGACGGUGCUGGUCUACACCUGCCGGAGCAGCUGCUGGUCCGGGUCGGUGCUGGAGGAGUUCUGCUCGGUCCAGAGCGACCCGGACCAGCAGCUCUUCACCUGACGCAGUGGCUUCGGGGGGGGGGGUUGCACGAUGUUUUUCCUCCACAGAAACACAUUUCAAAUGAAAGUAAAAUAUGGUAUUUUUAUGUAAUGAAACAAGUUAUUUCAGUGAUGUGUGUUUCUCACACUCUCACUCACGCACACACACACACACACACACACACACGUCUUUUUACUUCAAGCUUUACGACACGUUUCUACAGCUCCAUAAACUAAAAAGGUCAUCGGAGGCUUCUGAUUGGCUGUUCAGGCACUUGAGGUUUGGCGAACCAGCAACAAAGUCUCCACGAGCUCAUGCGGGCGGCUCGUGCUCCCAGUCGUACUGGUGGCACCGGUCCACGUGGUCCAGCUGGACGCCGAUGUCUCUGCCGAUGAUCUCGCUCACUGCAACGAAAACCGGAAGAAGAUUAUUCGUGACGUAGCGGUAACCAUGGGUUACGGCCUUUCAGUUCCUUCCGGAGCUUCUUCCUCAGAACCGAAGAGGUUUAACGCUUCUAAUCAACUUAAUAAAGACGUUAUGUCAAUAUUAUAAAAACAAAACAAAAACAAUUGCAGGAAUUUACCAGAUUUGGAACAAAAUAGACAAACCUCUUCAGACACCUGAUUGGUAAAGACCAUCAAUAACCAUCAUUAAUAAUUAAUAACAAUCUCGUCACCAGAUCAGGCUGCAAAGGUCAAGGUCAAACAUAUGGGGGGGGGGGCAGAGACGACAGCUGACAAAUUUAACCCAUCUGCAUCUUACAGAGCAGCAACAAGCAGACUAUUAAUAACACACACACACACACACACACAGUUUGAGACAUUUCCCAGAGUGCAUUGCAGGUGAAACUCAAACUGGUUUGACUUGUUUUUUUAACAUGUACUAUUUCAGCCUGUAAACAUAUUGUGUAGUAGAAAUGUUACAUCAAUGCAAAUUACUUAAAAGUACACAAAGAAUUUAACUGCAUUCAUGUGUUUAUCGUUUUAGAGGCGGAGCUUGUUUUAAUGCCUCAAACUGCUGCUGCUGAUUAAAUCAAUAAAAUAAAUGAAUCAGAAUUUA